AUGAACUUCAAAUACAUCACCGUCCUCCUUGCUGCGACUGCGGCCCCCGCAGUUGCAGGCCCCCUGGGCUACGCCAUCUGCCAAACAGGUUGCAACGGCAUUGCUGUUGCUUGCUAUGCUGGAGCUGGGUUUACAUUCGGUGUCGCACUACCAGCGGCACCUCCUGCCAUUAUUGCAUGCAAUGCAGCCUUAGGGGCAUGCAUGGCUGCUUGCGCCGUCAUCGCGCUUGGACCCACUCCCUGA